CUGCGGCUGUUUGCUGUUGCAGCAGAGAUGUCUUGGACAUGCUUGCCACCGUAGUCUCUGACGCCAACCAUGUCUCACUGCUGAUGUUGCACAGUGACAUGGGUGACGUGGAGCGGUCCUUGGUUCUUGAUCAGUUCAGGGCCUUGAUUGAGUACGAACGCAUUGUCAGGGAAGACGAAGGGCUCGCUAAGGAAAGCGGCAGACAUGAAAAGCAGAUUGAAAGGAAAGUUCAUGUGUUGGUGAUGACUGAUGCAUGUUUACCGACACCGGCUUUGGGGGAGGCCCCUCUCGGUGUCCACUUGUUGCUCAAUUACGAACUUCCAGUUAAAAAGGAGGCAUAUGUCCGCAGGAUUGGGGCAUGUUUUGGCCCUGCAGCUGCGGCAGCUAUCGACAAAGUAUCGGAUGGAUCUGGAGUUAGGGGAGGAAUGGGAAGCUCACCAGUAUGCUCGCCAGGACAUGGAGGAGGAAUUGUCGUCAACUUUUUGACGGCUUCUGAAGUUCCACUGCUGCGCUCUAUCGAGGAAGGAUGUGGCAUAUGCAUGGACGAGAUGCCUAUACAUAUUUGUGAGCUUCUCUAAGGAUGCUCUGUAUGAAGGAGUGAAGCGACAAAGAACGGGUGCUGAUGGCCAUCCACUGGCAUGCAGUCAUGCUGAAGUGAAAAACACCAUCAGGGUCCAUCACCAACCGUAUAGAAGAGGGAGAGGGAGAAAUUACCCAAUCCUGACAUAGGGAGAAGAGCGAGGGGGAGGACGGACACAUGGCAGUUUUCUUUCGGAGAGACCGAUUUGUAUAACAAACAACGAGGGUGUUUCCUUUCAGAUCCAUGAAAAAACAAAGUCUCAAAAGGGGACUCCAUCAAGGGGGCAUUCAAACGUGGGCAAUUGGGCAGAGGGGACUCCAUCAAGGGGGCAUUCAAACGUGGGCACUUGGGCAGUUUGCAGACGAACAUGCCUGAGGAUUUUUUUUUUUUUUUUUUUCCGUCUGGCCGAAGGAACCCUGACCAGCAUUGAUUACUCCCGCAUCGUGGAGGAUUGAUUGUCAGCUUGCCUUACUUGCACCUUUCCUCUCAGGUCCACUACAUGAGCCUGCCAGAUAAAUAAUAAAGAGCAAG